CAAUAUGUUCGUAAUUUUGAUAACGUUUAGAACGCGGAAUUAAGUGUGUAUACGAAUUUCAUUCCGUUUUAUAUAAAUUUCAAUUUUGAUAGUUCAGUGUUGUUCAGUCAGCCAUUGAAAAAGUAGUGUGUUCACUCUGAUUAACAUGGUGAAGAAACAGCAAACCUGAGGAACCAGAUGUGAUGGUCCAAUUAGUAACGUUACAUGUGGAAUAAAUUGGUUUUAAGUGUCCGCAAUAAUUGUCAAUGUUCUGGAAUCGCUGCGGUGUUUAUAACUGGAUACCUAAUCAAUACCAUACUUCAUAAAAUGAAGAACAUUUCUCAGGAAACUCUUGUGUUUGUGGUUUUUGUAUUAAUAAUUCACAAGCUGUGUGCAUCAUCUGUUCUCGAUGAAAGCACGUGUUAUUGUCUUCAUGAAGAAAUAGCAGCGCUCAGAAAUCCCGUGCAUAUAGAACCUACGGUUAUAAGUGGAGAAAGAGUUUAUUUGUUAGCGGAACAACUCGGAGUGAUACACGAAUAUCAUCCCGGGGCUUCUGUGAACAAACUUCGGACCUACAUAGAUAUUUCAGAUCGGGUUGUCUGUAAACGCGAACUAUAUGAAGAAAGAGGUUUGUUGGGUUUCGCAUUACAUCCAAAGUUUGAAUAUAAUGAAAAAUUAUAUACAUACACCAUACGAUCGAUAAAUAACAAAGAUUAUGUGGCUGUUAGUGAAAUAACAAAGAAAGAUGUGACUAGAGAGAAAACUUUGAUGCUGAUAGAACAACCUGGGGACAGGAGAAAUGGUGGUCAGUUGUUGUUUGGAGAUGAUGGAUUCCUCUAUAUAUUUGUUGGUGAUGGUGGUCCGGCUGAAGAAAGAGAUAAUCAGGCUCAGAAUGGAGACAGUUUUCUUGGAAAAGUUCUGCGUGUAGAUGUAGACAAGACAACAAUUGCUGACUACAGGUAUCGUUAUUACGACAUUCCACAAGAUAAUCCGAAGAAAAGUGACUGGAGACAGGAAGUGUUUGCAGUGGGCACAAGAAAUAUGUGGAGAUGUAGUAAGGACGAUGGGGACAGGCAGGGAAAACGGAAAGGAAGAAUAUUCUGUGGCGAUCUUGGUUCUUCGCUGGCAGACGAACUGACUGAGCUAAAGAAGGGAGGUAACUACGGUUGGCCUUACAUGGAGGGAAAUAUAUGCAGGAACAGUACCAUGUGCCAACAAAUAGCCGGCGAUACAGUUGCCCCUCUGUAUGAAUUUCGUCGGAACGAUACGUCAUCGCGAGUUACAGCAGUUGUUGGCGGCCCUUUGUAUAGAGGAACUCUAUUCCCAGAAAUCUAUGGGCAGCUGCUUUAUGGAGAUUACACAGUUGGCGCAUUAUCUACUUUAAAAGAGCCUUCAAGAAAUGCCAUUCAGUCAAGCUGGACGCCCAGCAACUUUACACGUUGUGAUAAAAGUAUGUGCACGUGUGAAGCACGUGCUCCUCAAAGAACAAUGCUACUGUCCUUUGGUCAGACUCACGAAGGUGAGUUGUUACUUCUGAUGACAGAUGAGCCAAACCCUCAUAAACCGGCAGGUGCGGUAUUAAGUCUAAAACCACAGAAUUCCAAGGUUGUGACUUGUGGAGUGAGCUCGAAUCUUCCUACAUUGUGGAUAAACAUUUUAUCAUGCGCAUUGGUUAUCUCAGCAUAUUUGUAUAGAUUUACUUGAUUAUUUUAUAUGAACGUGCUUUAUUUCUCAUGUUUAUUUUUCCACUGAAAUAAUAAAUAUACAUUAUUAAUAUGCUAUUAAAUGAUUAGAUAACAUUCCUGAAAUUAUCAACGAAAUAAAUCUCAUACUUUACCGCCAAUUUUUUUUC